CUUAUUUCGGGUAAUACUAUAAAUACCACGAUCGAUUCUCUUAUCGUGGAGUUCUCAAUUUACAAGGAAUCUGCAGUAUUGUGUGUGUUUGUUUUUUAUUUGCCGGAGAUGAGAAGCGGCGGCUUGGGAAUGAUGUCAUCUUCGUCGGGGAUUUUGUCGUCUUCUUCGGCGGCAGCAAUCGUAGCGCUUAAUCUAAAGGAGGCUACGAAUUGGUGGUCGGAUGUGAACGAAUCUCCGGUGUGGCAAGAUCGUAUCUUUCAUAUCCUCGCUGUUCUUUAUGGGAUUGUUUCCGUCAUUGCUGUGGUUCAAUUGGUAAGAAUACAAUUGAGGGUUCCUGAAUAUGGCUGGACGACACAAAAGGUCUUUCAUUUUCUCAAUUUCCUGGUGAACGGAGUUCGAGCUCUAGUUUUUGUCUUCCGACGAGAUGCACAGAAUAUGCAGCCAGAGAUUCUGCAACACAUGUUGCUUGACAUUCCAAGCCUUGCUUUCUUCACUACAUAUGCGCUUCUGGUCCUCUUUUGGGCAGAAAUUUACUACCAGGCACGUGCUGUAUCAACUGAUGGACUGAGGCCAAGUUUCUUCACAAUUAAUGCAGUUGUAUACGUAAUUCAGAUUGCUCUUUGGUUGGUAUUGUGGUGGAAGCCUGUUCACCUUAUGGUAAUCAUUUCUAAGAUGUUCUUUGCAGGUGUCUCAUUGUUCGCGGCACUUGGCUUUUUACUAUAUGGAGGAAGGCUCUUCCUGAUGCUUCAACGAUUUCCAGUAGAAUCUAAAGGGCGGCGCAAGAAGCUACAAGAGGUUGGAUACGUAACAAGCAUAUGCUUUACAUGUUUCCUCAUCAGAUGCAUCAUGAUGUGCUUUGAUGCGUUUGACGAUGCAGCAGAUCUCGAUGUCUUAGAUCACCCAAUCCUAAACUUCAUAUACUAUCUGUUGGUGGAGAUAUUACCUUCGUCUCUGGUCCUCUUUAUCCUAAGAAAGCUUCCACCAAAACGCGGUAUCACACAGUACAGUCCAAUCCACUGAAAAUGUUUGACAAUCGAAACACUGAGGUAACUACGGUACCUUUUUACUGGAUGAUACAAUAACAAAGAAAAAUUUAAGAAACAGCUGAAGAAGAAGGGUCGAAAGAUGAUCUGUUUUUCUUUUUUCUUUUUUGGGUUUAAACCGGAAGUUAAUAUCGUGUAGGUACCGGUAAACAGAGGGGUUCUUGUUCCUUUAAUAGAAAAAUAUGUACAUUGUAAGGGGGUUGCAGAACAAUGUGGUUGUGAUUUCUUUCUAACUAAUUCGAUGUGGUUGAUUAGUAAGUAAUAGUCUCUCUUGUUUAUACAGUUUCAAGGUAGUUUGGUGAUAUAUGGACCUUGACUUGUCAUU